GAGACAGAGAGAGAGAGAAGGGAGGGGUUUCUAUGCGUCCACGUCGUCCCUCUAAUUAGCUAACCGUGUCUGUAAAAUAAGUCAGUGUAGCGGCUUCACCCCGCUCAACGGCAGCACGCGCCUCUUUACCUGCUCCUGGCGCGCCAAAAAAGAAGGGUCCGCGCGCUCUAACAUGAUCUAAACUAAGGCGCGCAAUUGUAACAAGGAGUGCACUUCAAAUGUUUGGUUUUUUCGACAAGUCAGUAAAGUGAGAAAGAGUAAAGAAAGAAAGAAAGAAAGAAAGAAAAAUAAUUUACAAGAUAUCCUUGUCACUUUUACGCACUUGGCGAGGUUGACUUGGAGCGAGACCCAAACUAACCGACCAAGAGGGACUGGUGGGAAAUAGCAAAGUCUCCCAAGAAAGUCCAGUCGUGUGUGUCAGUUCAGAGAGACAACCGAGUGAGCGAGAAGGCAUAAAAGCCCGGCGCGAGGAUGAUGUCCUACAUUAAGCAACCCCAUUACGCCAUGAACGGGUUAAACAUGACUGGGAUGGACCUGCUACACACCACGGCUGGAUACCCAUUCUCUGUGUCUCUGGAUUUCUCAGCCACCCCGCGAAAGCAGCGUCGCGAGCGCACCACCUUCACACGCACUCAGCUGGAUAUCCUGGAGGCCUUGUUCUCCAAGACCCGCUACCCCGACAUCUUCAUGAGGGAGGAGGUGGCACUCAAGAUCAACCUCCCCGAGUCACGCGUACAGGUGUGGUUCAAAAACCGCCGUGCCAAGUGCCGCCAACAGCAGCAGCAGAGCAGCGGCCAGUCCAAGCCCCGCCCGCCCAAGAAGAAGGCGUCGCCUGCCAAGGACCAGCCCAGCGCUGGCCCAGACCCCUCGGCCAACAACCCCUCUGGUUCCUACAGCCCCUCCCCCACCCCAUCGGGCCCCUCCCUGCCGCCCAGCGGCAACAACCCUGGCAACGCAGCCGGCUCCAUCUGGAGCCCGGCCAUCUCACCACUCCCUGACCCUCUGGCCUCCUCGGCGCCCUGCAUGCAGCGGCCCUCUGCCUACCCGAUGAGCUACGGCCAGCCGCAGGCCUACGCCCAAGGCUACGCCCAGGGCUACGCCGGCACCUCCUCCUACUUCACGGGCCUGGACUGCGGCGCCUACCUGUCGCCCAUGCACUCGCAGCUGUCGGCUAGCGGUGCCCUCAGCCCCAUCACCGUGCCCUCAAUGGGGGGCUCGCUGAGCCAGUCACCCGCAUCGCUCUCCUCCCAGGGCUACGGCAUGGCCGCCUCGCUGGGCUUCACCUCCGUCGACUGCCUGGACUACAAAGACCAGCAGGCCUGGAAGCUGGGCUUCAGCACCAUGGACUGCCUGGACCACAAAGACCAGAAUUCCUGGAAGUUCCAGGUGCUGUAGAGAGAGGAAGAAGAAAAAGAAGAAGACGAGGGAGUGGAGUGGGAGGAGUUGUGAAUUAAUAAGGCCCUCGCCAGAUAUACAGUAUGAUCAAAUACGAUCAAAUGAUUCUGACUGAGGACUUUUUUGUUGUUAUUUUUUUCUCUCCGUUUCUCAUUUGUAAGCUUGGUUUUUGCAACCCCUGUAGAAUGUGUUUUCUAUUCAGGGGAGAGAGGAGAAGAGAGACCCGGGGACAUUAUUGAUCCCUCCUGACUGUGAUUGCAGGAUAUCAGGUCCAUUUACUUUCUCAUACAGUAGAAGGGAAGGAUGUCCCUGAGGAUCAUACUACUACAUGGGAAAGACUCUCAGCUAGAAACUGAUUUAAACACACGCCAUGGUUCAGAUGCAUUGAUUGGUCUGUGAUGGAAAGACAUCCUCAAGAGAAUUCUACUGACACAACCACGCUAAACUCAAUCGUUCCUCUGAUGUUUUUUUCUGCUGUUGAUGGCUUGAGUUUUUUUUUCAAGAAAUACAACAAUAGAUCAAAUUUACAGAGCUUUGAUACUCUCUUAGUCUCUCUCUUUUUUUGUUCUGAAAGACCAUCAGUGUUAAUUUGAGUUUAGUCAUUGUUAUUCUAUGUUACAAUUUAGAUUUUCAUUUGGUUACUUUUAGGCUUUUGGAGCUAACGUGUUACUAUGGUGUUAGGCUAGCAUCAUUGCUAUUAUAUUUUAAUGAGAAAAAAGAAACUUCUUUGUUUUGUUGUGUGAAAUAUUAAAGCUAACUUUGAAAAUUA